AACCUUUAGCCCUGUUCUCCCAAAUAUAAUAUUAAUAACUGCAGUUUACUUCAUUGAUUCUCUCUCUGUCCAAGGAAUUUAUCUUUCUUGCAGAUUUCAUACGCAUAGAUACGAACUUUGGAUCAAUUUUGAAGCCCUAAUUCUCAUUGCAAGUAUAUAGGAAAGAAGCAGAACGCGCACCCGAAGAAGAAGAAGGGGAUUCUCUGAUACGAAGCAAAGAUGAGGAGGGUGUUCGGGGUGAAGAAAGAUAAAGAACCCCCUCCAUCAGUUCAAGAUGCCUCCGAUCGGAUCAAUAAAAGAGGUGAAACUGUGGAUGAGAAGAUAAAAAAACUUGAUGCUGAACUAGCGAGAUACAGAGAGCAGAUAAAAAAGACCAGACCAGGUCCAGCUCAAGAGGCGGUCAAAGCUAGGGCCAUGAGGGUUCUUAAGCAAAAAAAAAUGUAUGAAGGUCAGCGCGAUAUGCUGUAUAAUCAGACAUUCAACCUGGAUCAAGUUGCAUUUGCUGCUGAGGGAAUUAAAGAUGCCCAACAAACAAUGUCAGCCUUGAAGUCAGCAAACAAAGAGCUUAAAGGAAUGAUGAAGACAGUUAAAAUUCAAGACAUAGAUAAUUUACAAGAUGAGAUGAUGGACCUCAUGGAUGUGAGCAAUGAAAUCCAAGAAUCUCUUGGUAGAAGCUAUAAUGUCCCUGAUGACAUUGAUGAGGAUGAACUUAUGGGUGAGCUUGAUGCUCUGGAAGCAGACAUGGGUUUUGAAACUGAAGGAGAUGGAGUGCCUUCUUAUCUUCAGCCUGAUAGGGAACCUGAUCUGGAAUCAGAACUUAACUUGCCAUCUGCACCAAGUGGGCAUGCCCCAGUUCCAGCAGGCAGAGCAAAUGUACAGGCAGAGGAUGAACUAGGUCUACCCGCCGUCCCUCGAGCUUCACUCCGUGGUUAGAGAGGGAGCUGGCAACAGUGAAAUUUUGACAGACAUUGUGAUCAUGGGAAGGCUACUGUAAACACGUUCAAUAUCUGUUGUUUCUUGUCAUAUUUGUAACCAUAUGUUCAAGGCUUGGCCAGAGACGAACAUGCAUGGGAUGUUAUUGAUGUAUAAAAUCCGGGUACCAUGAACACCAAUACUCUAAACACAUGGUGUUGAUAGACAACCAUGUGAUUCUUUAACCUCUUUGUGGUGUGGGAACUCAAAGGUGGAUGGAUAUGUAUAGAUGUUUGGUACACUAUCCAAUUUCAUUUGCUUGUUGGUUACUGCUUU